GACAUCCCAGAACCCAUUCUGUGUCAUCUUUUGCCUCCUCCUCUUCUUCCUCCUCUUCCAGAAAGUCUGCCCUGAUUCAGCACUGUUAGAAUCUGGGACGCUGAAGGCCCAGGAGGUCACAGACUUGCAAGUAAAACCAGAGCCUUUGCAGAGGGAUCCUGGAGGGGCCGGUGCUGAAGUGUGUCUCCAUCGCUGAGGGCAUCUGUUACCAUGACGAUGGGCAGUGUGUGGGCAGCCCUGGGCCUGUCCUUGACUUGCAUCUCGGGCCUCAGCCUCGUCUCCCCGGUCUGGUUCCAGACGCCCACCUUCUCCUUUGGCAUCCUGACCUACUGCUCCUGGUCUCCAGGUGAUGGCUGGAACCAUACGUGCGGGACCUUCUGGUCCCUGGAGGAGAUUCCUGACUUUGCCUGGAAGGUGUCAGCUGCCAGCCUCCUAGGAGGUUGGCUCCUGUUGGCCUUCAAUGCACUUCUCCUCCUGUCCUGGGCCCUAGCCCCCAAAGGGCUGUGUCCAAGGAGGGGCAGUGGCCUGACGCCAGGGAUGCAGGCAGCUGCAGCCACUGCCAACAUUGUGGGCCUUCUGAUUUUCCCUAUCAGCUUGGCAUCUUCAUUUUCCAAGGAAGCUUGUGGAGACUCUUCCAUAUACUGUAGUGGGCAAUGCCAGCUGGGCUGGGGAUAUGUGACUGCCAUCCUCAAUGCAGUCCUGGCCAGCCUUCUCUCCAUGAUUUGGAGGCCUCGUGAAACCAUGGACCAGAAGAGGGCCAUUCUCUAUUCGAGUGACAUAGAGAGGAUUAUCCUGGUGCCAGAAAUGAUCAAAUAAACCCACACUAGAGUUGCAUAAUCACCACAUGGCCAGGUUCAAAUGCCACUUCUGAUGCUCCCUUGCAAUGUGACCUCAGAUGAGCCACUUCACCUUUCUAGACCUCAGUGUAUUCUUCAGUAAA